AUGGAAAGCACUAAAAUCGAGGAUUUAAAUCAACAUCUAGAUUCCGUCCAUGCUCAAGACAGCGAAGAGAAGAAUCGACAUGGCAAAAAAAUAAGAAUGGAUUAUGACGAGCAAUACACUCUUUGUCCAAGAAGCGAAUGUGGCAUAGCAGUCGCUCUAACAGAAUACGAAGAUCACCUACUAGCUCAUUCUUUACAAGAUAGUGAUAUUCAGUCUUCAAGUAGGAAACAAUCUGACGAAGGAUAUUACAAGCAAGGUGUGCGGUUCUUAGAGAAAAUGGUGGAUAGCAAUCGUAUGCAAGUUGGAGAAUAUCUUAAACAGAAGGCACGAUUGUUAGAAUCUACUAAGGGUGGCAUUGAUGAUAAUAAAACUCGGACAUGUGGCAUUAUUGAAUAUUUACGUAACUUUUAUUCCAACGAUGGUAAAAAAGAAGUAAUCUUAUGCUUACCAGUUGAUCAUUUCUCAUCAAAUUAUGCUGACUUCGGAUGGGGUUGUGGCUAUCGUAAUAUUCAAAUGUUACUUUCGUGCCUAAUGGGAUGUUCUCAAUAUAAAUCAGUGCUUUUUAGUGAAAUCCCUUCCGUAACUGAAUUGCAGUCAUACAUUGAGAGAGCCUGGAAGAAAGGCUUUGAUGUUGAAGGCGCAUCGCAGUUGGGUAAUUGUCUUCAUAAUACAAAAAAAUGGAUAGGAGCAACUGAAAUUGCCUCAUUAUUUUUAUCAAAACAUGUUUGGUGUAAACUGGUAGAUUUCUCAAAAGCUUCCGACGAUGGAACUCAUCCAAAACUGUUUCAGUGGGUAUCAGAUUAUUUUAAGGGAUUAAAAACGACUCAUCAUCAGUCCUCGGCAAUGCCAUCUUUAACAUUUCCACCGUUAUAUUUACAGCAUGAUGGAGUAGAAUCAGAUACAAAAAUUAUAAAAUCUAAAACUCGAAUUAAUUGA